CUGACCGCCCUCCCAAAUGAAACGCUCCGUAAUUGCGGCCUGUAUUUGCUGAGUGCAGCACAUCUGAAGCGGCGAUGCUGUGCCUGAAGGUGUUGGUGAGCGUGUCCGCUCUGUGGUGUGCGGUGGCGCAGCAGCAGCAGGCGUUUGGAGGCUUCUCGGGGCCCCUGCAGGCCGGCAGGCCGCAGGACGCGUUUUCCCCCGGCCAGGGCAGGCCGCUGGCCGGCUUCGGACCGCCGCAGGCGACCGGCAGGGCUCUGGACGCUUUUGGGCGCUCGGCCGGCGUGCCCCCGGGCACCCUCCCACUCGCCGCGGCGCCGGCGCCGCCGCCCCCGCAGCCGCCGCCUCCUCCUCGGCGGUCGCCGGCCGUCGGCCUCCGGCCCGACGUCUCUGGCCGGCUAGCUGACGACGUCUUCGGACCGCCGGAGCCGUACCAGUUCCAGUACGCGGUGAGCGACGCGGAGAGCGGCGCCGCUUUCCGCCAGCAGGAGAACAGCGACGGCAAGGGCAUCGAGGGCCAGUACGCGGUGCAGCUGCCCGACGGCCGCAACCAGAUCGUCAAGUACUCCGCCACCGAAGAGUCGGGCUUCCACGCCGAGGUCAUCUACGAGGGCGAGCCCGUCUUCCCGCCCGCACCCGCGCCCGGUGGCAGCGGCGGGGGCGGCGGAGGCGGAGGGCGCGUGGUGGGCGGCCAGCAGCCGCGGUCGCUGGCACCGAGGCCCGCCCCGGCACCCACCCCCACCGCCUCCGGACUCGCUCUGGCGCCUCCCGGUAACGCUUUCGCAUCUGGCUUGGCCCGUCCAGACGGCAACCUGGCCGCCCCCAGGGUGGGAGCUCUGCCGGGACAGACCGCCGGUGGCGCCUUCGGCGGCGGCAGCCAGCAGUUCGACGCCUCGGCCGGAGGGUUCGGCGCUGGGGGCUUCGACGCCACGGGCAGAGGAGGCGCUCCGGGCCCGGCCUUCGGGAACACCCUGGAGGCUCCUUCGUUCGGCCCGACCGGCGGCGACCUCUCCAUCCCAGGAGGUUCAGCAUUCGGCUCUUUCGGAGCGCCUGCGCCCACUGUCGCCGUUGGAGGGCGUCGGGUGAACUUCAGGGGGUAGCGCGUUCUGUCUGCAGCAGCCAGUACAAAACUGUCCGGAAAUUUUUCACUGUGAGAGACGCUUAAAGCUUAUUGCUUCGUAUCUGAAGCGCUAGCAAAAGAUUUUUAAAUAAGAGAAUCUUCAUUUGUUGUUUUACAUACAUACAGAGGAUGUACAAACGUGAGUGUAAACUCGAUGAAAGGACGUUGUUUUCACGAAAAUAAAUGUCACUUUUAAUAAAUUGUUCACUACAA